UUCCGGGUCUUUGUGUCCAGACGGUUCGGGACUCUUCAUGGCGCGGCCGCGCCGGGCCCGGCGGGAGGGCGGCGGUGGAGCGGCGCUGCCCCGGUGAGGAGCCGUGGGCCGCCGACAUGGAGCCCGAGACGCUGGAAGCGCGCAUCAACAAAGCCACAAACCCCCUGAACAAGGACCUGGACUGGGAUGGUAUCAAUGCGUUCUGUGAGCAGCUCAAUAAGGAGCUAGAGGGUCCUCCACUUGCCACCCGACUUCUUGCCCACAAGAUCCAGUCUCCACAGGAAUGGGAAGCUAUCCAGGCCCUCACGGUGCUGGAGUCCUGCAUGAAGAGCUGUGGCAAACGCUUCCACGAUGAGGUGGGCAAGUUCCGCUUCCUCAAUGAGCUCAUCAAGGUGGUGUCCCCUAAGUAUCUUGGCAGCCGGACAUCAGAAAAAGUGAAGUCAAAGAUCCUGGAGCUGAUGUACAGCUGGACCUUAGGGCUGCCUCAUGAGGUGAAGAUAUCCGAAGCCUACCAGAUGCUGAAGAAACAAGGGAUUGUGAAGUGUGACCCAAAACUUCCUGAUGAUGCUCCUUUUCCACCGCCUCCUCCUCGACCCAAGAACAUCAUCUUUGAUGAUGAAGAAAAAUCCAAGACACUGGCACGCCUCCUGAAAAGUUCCCAUCCUGAGGAUCUCCGGGCUGCCAACAAGCUCAUCAAGGAGAUGGUUCAGGAGGACCAAAAGCGCAUGGAGAAGAUCUCCAAGAGGGUGAAUGCCAUUGAGGAGGUGAACAACAACGUGAAGCUGCUGACAGAGAUGGUGACAAACUACAGCAAGGGGGAGACAACGGAAAGCAAUGAGGACCUAAUGAAGGAGCUGUAUCAGCGCUGUGAGCGCAUGAGGCCCAUGCUUUUCCGGCUCGCUAGUGACACAGAAGACAAUGAUGAAGCUCUAGCGGAGAUUCUGCAAGCCAAUGACAAUCUGACCCAGGUGAUCAAUCUCUACAAGCAGCUUGUACGGGGAGAAGAGAUCAAUGGAGAGCUGGUGGCCAGUCCCCUUCGAGGCAGCAGCUCAGCGCUUCUAGAUCUGUCUGGCCUGGAGCUUCCAGCAACAUGCCCUUCCUACCCAGCCUUGCCCACCCUUUCAGGUGGCUCAGCAGUUCCUGUGCCUGACCAAACUGGCUCUGUCUCCUUGCUGGAUGAUGAACUCAUGUCUUUAGGCCUCAAUGACCCAGCACCACAUCCUGUCCAGGCUGGUGACAGCAGUGGCUGGAACAGCUUCCAGUCAUCCGACAGCAGUGAGCUCAGUAUCACCCCUAUCAAGGCAACACCACCAGUCAAAGCAGAUGCUAGUGCAUCUUCUCCCAAACCGUCUCCUAGCAGCAUUGGCCUGGAUGACCUGGACCUCCUGGGCAAGACACUGCUGCAGCAGUCUUUGCCUCCAGAAUCUCAGCAAGUGCGAUGGGAGAAGCAGCAGCCACCCCCUCGGCUCACCCUGAGGGAUCUGCAGAACAGGAGCAGCUCUGGCACCACAGCCCACAAUCCCAGUGCUCCGCCUGUGCUCCAGAGUAUUUCCCCUAACCCCACGCUGCCUCUGACCUCAGAGCUGCCUGCCCCUGCUACACUUGGAAAAGCUGCCACCACACCAGCAGGAAGUACUGCAAUCCCACCACGGCCUCCUGCCACUGCGCUGCCCCAGGAGAUCUCGCUGGCCAACAUCACUGUGCCUCUGGAGUCAAUCAAACCCAGCAGCAUCCUCCCUGUGACAGUAUAUGAUCAGCACGGCUUCCGUGUCCUCUUCCACUUCGCUAAGGAUGCCCUGCCCGAGAGGCCUGAUGUGCUUGUGGUGGUGAUUUCUAUGCUUAGCACGGCCCCGCAGCCCAUCCGCAAUAUUGUCUUUCAGUCUGCCGUCCCCAAGAUAAUGAAGGUGAAGCUACAGCCUCCCUCAGGCACAGAGCUGCCAGCAUUUAAUCCCAUUGUCCACCCCAGUGCCAUCACCCAAGUUCUGCUGCUCGCUAACCCGCAGAAGGAGAAAGUGAGGCUACGGUACAAACUGACCUUCACCAUGGGAGAGCAAACCUACAAUGAAAUUGGGGAUGUGGACCAGUUUCCGCCACCAGAAUCCUGGGGAAACCUCUAGGGCCACAUAUUGCAGGCACUACACUGAAGAUUCCUUGUAGGGCUGGAGCAGCCAGAGGAAAU